UCAUCCGCUCUCGCUACCCCCGCGCCACUAUAUACCCAGUCAAAUCCGACUCAAUCAGACGCCAUGGCCGACUUCCAGAACGUCGCGACUCAGUUCGUCCAGUUUUACUACAAGACCUUCGAUGAGAACAGGCAGGGUCUUUUCGCGCUCUACCGCGACCAAUCCAUGUUGACCUUCGAGUCCAACGCCACCCAGGGCGCCACCGGCAUUAUGGAGCGUCUGGGCAACCUUCCCUUCCAGAAGGUCCAGCACCAGGUUGCGACCCUUGACGCGCAGCCCGCUAGUGAGGACGGCUCUAUCCUCGUCCAGGUCACCGGUGCUCUGCUGGUCGACGAGGAGCAGCGCCCCAUGAGCUACACUCAAACCUUCCAGCUCCGCCCCGAUGGCGCUGGUAGCUACUUCGUCUUCAACGACAUCUUCCGUCUUGUCUACGCUGCGUAGAUUAAUGCAUCGGAGGGGCACUCUUAGAGGAGCAGUUGGCAAGCGCAGGUAGUUAGGUGCGCUUUGGACCGUUGACGGAACAAUGCGGUACAUUUUUGAAUGCGAGCAUCCGGCGGUGAUUAUAGUCAGGCGCGGAGCUAUGAAGCAGUCUUUGAUAUCCCAAGUGCAAUACGCGAGAAACUGAAACAGGCAUGCGAGACUAAGUGAUCUUCGACAAAGGGGCCGGGUUGGGGGCAUCUGGCUGGGGCUCGAUGCUGAUCUUGCCCAAAUGUUGGUGCUGUGGAGCAGGUGGAAAGCUGGACCCUUAUGACGGCGUCUGCUCCUCGAGCUCGCGCGCGCCGAGGCGCAUGCGGUUGUAUUGUACAAUAAAGCGACAUUAUCGAACACGGGGAUGGUACGAG